CGCCCCCUCCCUCUCCGCCUCCCACCCCGAGAGAUCAGAGAACAAGCAUUAGUCCCACCAAUAAUACCCACCCCCCCCGCUCUGAAAUCCCCGCAUCGUUCACAAGGGAAAACCUCAUCGUCCCGCAUUUCCAUUCAUUCGCUACACCGCAGAUGCGACCGUUUGUGAAUACACACACACACACAAACACACACAUACACACACACACUCACACACACACUCAUGCACACACACUCACAUACGCACACACACACACACACACACACACACACACACACACUCACAGAGCAAUAGAGAGAGAGAGAGAGAGAGAGAGAGCGAGGGGGAGAGAGAGAGAAAAUAAACUUAGUUUUUCUAAUUAGACCAUGACACUUGGUGCUCAGAAGCCUGUCAGUCCGGCCUGAUUUUUCCGUGUGCUUCAAUCUCACCUGCUCUCUCCACCUUUUGACCCUCUUUCUUGGGAAUAUUUUACUUAGACGGAUCAGAGUGCCCCCCCUCCACUCCCGUUCUCCCCCCCCCCCUCUCUCUCACCCAUCACUUUUGUUCCCUGGUGACCAGCGCAGCACAGUUAUCACUAUUAUUUUUGCACUUUUUUUGGAGGAUAUACUUGACGGCCGUAAACUGCGUUUCAACAUCUUUAACUGUUCUGGUGGCUUUUGACGGCGGCGAGGAGAGAGUGGGGGAAAAGACUAGCUUGUUCCCAUGUUUGGGAUUCAGGAAAAUAUACAACGAAGCGGGGGCAGCAUGAAGGAAGAACCGAUCGGAAGCGGAAUGAAUGCUGUCCGCUCCUGGAUGCAGGGAGCCGGGAUAAUGGAUGCAAACACGGCCGCUCAGAGUGGAGUCGGUCUAGCCCGGGCACAUUUCGAGAAACAACCGCCUUCUAAUCUGCGCAAAUCCAACUUCUUUCACUUUGUACUGGCCCUAUAUGACCGCCAAGGUCAGCCAGUGGAAAUAGAGCGGACAGCAUUCGUGGGCUUCGUGGAGAAAGAAAAAGAAUUAAGUGGAGAAAAGACCAAUAAUGGGAUUCAUUACAGAUUACAGCUGCUCUACAGUAAUGGUAUCAGGACCGAACAAGAUUUGUACGUGCGACUCAUAGACUCGAUGACAAAACAGGCUAUCAUUUAUGAAGGACAAGACAAAAAUCCUGAAAUGUGCCGAGUCCUUUUGACACAUGAGAUCAUGUGUAGUCGCUGCUGUGACAAGAAAAGUUGUGGCAACAGGAAUGAGACGCCGUCAGACCCAGUGAUAAUUGACAGGUUCUUCUUGAAAUUCUUUCUGAAAUGCAAUCAGAACUGCCUGAAGAAUGCAGGAAACCCCAGGGACAUGCGAAGGUUCCAGGUGGUCGUUUCCACAACGGUGAAUGUGGAUGGCCACGUUCUGGCUGUUUCUGACAACAUGUUCGUCCACAACAACUCCAAACAUGGUCGGAGGGCUCGAAGGCUCGAUCCCUCUGAAGGUACGCCCUCUUAUCUGGAACAUGCCACACCUUGCAUCAAAGCCAUCAGUCCCAGUGAAGGUUGGACCACUGGAGGGGCUACCGUUAUCAUUAUCGGAGAUAAUUUCUUUGAUGGAUUACAAGUCAUAUUUGGCACCAUGCUGGUCUGGAGUGAGCUAAUCACCCCGCAUGCAAUUAGAGUGCAGACCCCUCCCCGUCACAUCCCUGGUGUGGUGGAAGUCACAUUGUCUUACAAGUCGAAACAGUUCUGUAAAGGAACCCCGGGCCGGUUCAUCUACACAGCACUGAAUGAACCCACCAUUGACUAUGGCUUCCAGCGGUUGCAGAAAGUUAUUCCCAGACAUCCGGGUGAUCCAGAACGAUUGCCAAAGGAAGUUAUACUGAAGAGGGCGGCAGACUUGGUGGAGGCACUUUAUGGCAUGCCACAUAAUAAUCAGGAAAUCAUCCUGAAGCGAGCAGCUGACAUUGCAGAGGCCCUGUACAGUGUUCCCCGGAACCACAACCAACUUCCAGCUCUCAGCAACACAUCUGUCCACGCAGGGAUGAUGGGUGUCAAUUCCUUCAGUGGGCAGUUGGCUGUCAAUGUGUCUGAAUCUUCGCAAGCAGCCAAUCAGGGUUUUACUCGCAACACAAGCAGCGUGUCUCCUCAUGGAUAUGUGCCGAGUUCCACUCCACAGCAGACAAACUACAAUUCUGUGACAACGAGUAUGAAUGGAUAUGGCAAUGCAGGGAUGUCCAACCUAGGAAGUUCUCCUGGUUUUCUCAAUGGGUCUGCUGCCAAUUCGCCAUAUGCCAUACCGUCCAGUCCUACUAUGGCCUCCUCCACCAGCCUUCCUUCAAAUUGUAGCAGUACCUCUGGCAUAUUCUCCUUCUCGCCAGCCAAUAUGGUGUCUGCCGUGAAACAAAAAAGCGCCUUCGCUCCGGUGGUGAGGCCACAGACCUCCCCUCCCCCGACCUGCACCAGCGCCAACGCUAACAGUCUCCAAGCUAUUUCCGGUAUGAUAGUCCCUCCAAUGUAGGUAAAUCCCAUGCCUUGAAGACUGCAUCUAUAUGCUGACAAUUACAAUGAAUAUUGUGUUUCGUAAGGAGAUGCAAGUCCCACAGAUGAAUGGAACAUUUAACUCAGGCCUUUCAGAGAACGAUUGUGUAGAGUUAAACGAUCUCAAAUAACACUCUUUAAACCUUCAACCUUGCCAAUUGUGAUGAAUUGAAUGCACGGUGACAACUUACACAUUAUUUACACCGGUCCCCGACAUUUGAGUGAUGUAAACAAAGCAAAAUUGUUUGUUCUACUUUGGUAAAUGUUAACUUUUUCCAAACACCUAAAACCCAAUUUAUUCAUUUUAACAGAACAUUAAUUGCUUUUAGAGUCAGUUUUGGAAUAUCUGGAAGGAACUCUGUAACAGAAUGUGAUGUUUAAUUUAUAAAGAAAAUCAAAUUUGACUGAGAGAAACAAAAAAGUGUGUGAAGAGAGAUGAAAUGAGUAGUGGUAAUGAUUAGGUGGGGAAAUGUAGAGAGUUUAGAGUGUGGUAGUUGGUUCCAACCUGUAGAUUUGACAGUGGGGUUUUUAAACUGUAACUCGAUUGAAUCUGGAUGUUGCUGUAUCCAGUUUCACCAUCAGCUGUCACAGUGCUAAAACUGUUUCAUAGGAGACUAUACUCUGCUUGUAGGCUGGUUGAGAUUGUAGAUGUAUAAAAAACAGAACAAGACAUAGGACUAACAUGCAGCAACCCUACAGAUACUAGCAAUGAUGUUUGAAGUGAUGAACUGCUUAGUGGACUGUGCAGAAUCAAAUAGAAGCAGGAAUCAUGUAUAAAGCAGUGAGCUGCUAUGAUAUAUACUUGGGACCGUGGCUUAUUUUGUAAAGGACGUAGUGGCAGGGCAGAAUGGCUGUGGUCAUUCACGUCUGACUCUGCAGGGUUAGGGAGGUUGGAGGAAUGACACCAGCUGGUACCUUAAAACAAUUUUAGUGCUUUCCUCUUUGUGUCGCCAAUGAUAGUGCCAGCUGGUCGCUGCAGUCCCAAGCCAAUGUCCAAUCAGCCCGGUCCAAUGGCCUUGUCUCAGAAGAUAAAUAAAUAUAUCAGGACUACAUAUUUUACAACCAGCAAUUCACUAACAAGUGUUUGUACAUUGUGAAGGACUUUGCAAAACACAAUAUAGUUUUGGCUGCUGUAUUUACAGGAGUGGAAAGUAGACAGAAUUAAAUACCAGUGCUGCGUGGGGACAAACGCAAAGGGGUAGAUUUUUUUUUUAAAUUACAAUUUUAUUAGCACGGUAUUGAGAAUGCUCUUAAUGGACUUUAUCAAGGAACCAUCAGAGUUCUGAUAAUGCAUUAUCCAAUAAUUUUCCACUGUAUUGUGUUUGUAUGUAGUUAUAAAUAUUGUAGAUUUUUUGUGUAUUUUUUCCUUUGCCAAAAUUGUUGUUUAAAUAUUUAUACAUUUCAAUGUCUUAAAUGCAAUUUUCAAUAUUAACAAGGAAUUUUAUUGCAUAAACUUAUUUUUUGCGGCCUAUUUUUUGUUAUUGCAAGGAGUUCACUACUAUCCAUUUUAUUUUGCUUGCACAUCCUUGCAAAAUUAAACAUGCAUCAGUUUAAAGAUGACAUUUGUGUUUUGUUUUGUAAAAUAUGCUUAUAAAUAAUGUAUUUAUCUUUGGAAAUUUGUACAUUGCUUUGUUUGGGUUGUAUUCUUUUUUCCUAUUUGUUUAUACUCUGGACUCAUUUUAACAUGUAAGUAUGCUAAUACAUGGGAGGUGUCAACACAGCAAGCCAUUUAAAAUUGUACCAGAGUAAGAAAUUGUUUAAAUGUAAUUUUAAAGCUUUUGUUUGCAAUAUAUAUAAUAUAUCAUUAUUACAUUUUCCAAUUAAGUCGAUAUUGUGCUAAGUAUUGGUUUGAAUCAUGCUUCCCUUUUUUGUUUCAAGUGUCAAGUGAAAAAAAGCCAUCGUCUAUUUUUAUAUUUUUUUUGUCAGUUGAACUGAAUUGUCAAGAAUUUUAAAAAGUGUUGCAAAAAGCAGCAUCUUAUUCAAUAGCAUUUAGUUCUGUAGAUUUAAGAAGGUAAAUUUUGUUUUUCCACAGCUUAUAGAAGUUUUAGAAAUUAAAUUUAUUAUUAUGCAUGGGGUACCCUCUCCACAUUGGGCGAUGGUCACUUCUUUAUUGUAUUAAAAUAGGGAAGACAUAAAAAUCAUUUAAAAUAAAUUUAGUGAAAUACAUUCUUAUAUCACUUGCUAGUUUUUGCUUUCUCCCUUUCUAUCUCUCUUUCUCUCUCUGUCUAUAUCUCUCUCUCUUUCUCUCUCGAUCCUUUUAUCUUGACAUUAAGCAAAAUUUAUAAACCAGCAGUUUGGAUGCCUUAACAAUGCAAAGCAUAUUCAUUUCAGUCAAACAUUGUACCCUGUACCUAAAUUGUCCAUAAACAAGGUGAAAUCAUAUACUUAAAAAAGCACAAUGUUAAGUGUUCUGUUAUCUUAUAAGAUGUACCUCUUUCGUUGCCAUAUGAUGCACACAUGAUGUGACAGUGCUGCAAUGCUCCCAGUCUAAUAUUUCAGUGGCUUUACAAGGACAUUUUGAGUCUCACUUCCAACGUGAAAAAUAAAAACAAAAAAGAGAAGAAAUUUGAUGAUUUUCAUAGGGAGGAAUGAGAAAGAAACAAAAGCUGAUGCUUGGGAUAUGGAAAAGAUUUGUCAUUUUUUUGACCAAGUCCUUGUCCUAGCUUUUCUUCAGCCUCCUAGGCUGAACCAGUACAUGGGUGCUUGAUAUCAACUAGUAGGUGGCAUGCUGGCGAUGGACUAUACACAAAACAGUCGAUGAUAGACUUAAGACUUGAAUAUUGAAACGAGAAAAAAUUCUCGUGAUUGAAAUGUGAAGCAAUGCCUCCCAGAUGCCAACAUCAGCUGUAUCUCAUUUGAACUGAUUGCCUUCCACUUCGUUUAUGUGAACUGUUGGACACACUGUACAGAUAAAUGGUUAGACAAACUACUGUAGAGAUUGUUAUAAAUUUUUUGCAGAAAUUUGAGCUGUAAAAAAACUUUUCAACUUACAUAAUAUUUAAUUAAAGUUACUUCUUGUCUGUGAA